AUGGCGUUUAACGGCCCGCUGCAGCGCCAAAGCGUCGUCGCUGGCAUGCGCUUAUCGGACGAAACGGCUAAUGUCCACUUCCACCACGCCUCCGGCCGCGCCCAAGACGUGCCUGUGCGGGUAUUGCCCCUUAUCCCCAUUGCUCUUUGGGGACUCAGCGGAUCUGGGAAAACGCAGGUCGCCCUCGAGUUUGCCUACCGACGAUCCGACGUCUACAUGGAAUAA